AUGGAAGCAACAUUUAAUACUGAAUUAAGAGGAGCCGUUGAACAUAACUGUAGAUCUAAUAAUUAUUUCCGUUGGAUAGAAUACGAUAACUUUAGAAAUAUUGAAGAAAUAGGUAGAGGAGGGUUUUCCGUAGUGUAUAAAACAUCAUAUGAAACAUAUGGAGAAGUUGCAAUCAAGAUAAUUAAAGAUUCACAUAAAAAUAAAAAGCUUUUUUUAAACGAGUUUACUAAAAUGCACAAUGGUUUUCAACACCACAGUAGUGAUGCAAUCAGCUUGAUUAGCUUGGCUUAG